CAUUUAUGUGUAUACACAUGUUACAAUCGAAAUUGUGCAGAUCGUUAGGCUACUGUGUUAACACUAACGGAUCAGACAGAUAAUAGCUGAUUAAAAUGUGCUGGGGUAGACAUGAAUAAUGAACAUGGUGUCUGGGGUGAAAACUAAAGUUUCACAGAAAAGAAACGGACAAUGACUUCGUGAGUAAACGUAGAGGAGCCAUGAGAACGAGUUAAGUGAGAGCCGUCGGGUCCUCUGGAGCGGGACUUUGCAAAGGCCUUGACAUGAAAGCUCCGAUGUGGCGCCGCUGGAUGUGCCUGCUCAGCCUGAGCCUGCUGCUGCUGUUUUGGCUGGCACACGUGAUCACACGGGACGGUGCGUUAACAUCUGCACGGAGCUCCGAUAUCCGGGGCUACGCAAGGGUCGGGCUCGGGAGGAUGGGCCAGCAAUUUCUAAACUUUCACUGCAACCAGUGUGCCUUGGUCUCCAGCUCCGGUCAGAUGCUCGGAGCUGGUGCAGGGGAGGAAAUCGACCAAAUGGGAUGUGUUAUCCGCAUGAACAAUGCACCCACAAGAGGAUACGAGAAGGACGUUGGGAGCCGUACCAGCGUUCGGGUCGUGUCUCACACCAGCGUUCCCCUCUUAAUAAAGAAUGAGCAGUAUUAUUUCCAGCAGUUGGCAGACACAACAUAUGUGUUCUGGGGUCCUGACAGGAACAUGAGGCAGGACGGAAAGGGACACAUCUUUAAUACCCUCCUGAGGAUGGCGGUAAAAUAUCCACGAGUUGGGAUCUAUGUUGUGACGAGAGACAGGAUUCAGUACUGUGACAGUGUGUUUCAGAAUGAAACUGGAAAAAACAGAAUGAAGACGGGAGCGUUUCUCAGCACUGGAUUUUUCACAAUGAUUCUGGCUCUGGAUAUGUGCGACAGCAUCAAUGUUUAUGGGAUGAUCGAUCCAAACCACUGCAGUCGCACCAACCACAGCGCCGUCCCGUACCAUUACUAUGAACAAAAACAGGUCGACGAGUGCCGGAUGUAUAAAUUCCACGAGCGUACGCAGCGUGGAGGACACCGCUUCAUCACCGAGAAGGCCAUCUACGGCAAAUGGGCAUCUCGUCACAGGAUAGACUUUAAACACCCAUCUUGGACUCUUUGACGGAUGAGAUCAUAAAUUAUUAUUUUUUUGUAUCAGCAUAAAAUUCUGAUCAAGACAUAACUCAAACAUGUAGAUAAUGCCAAAGCUUGCAGCUUUUAAUUUCUUAGUACCCGUGCCUUGUAUUUUGGUCUUAUUCUGCACAAUUUCUUUUACUUUAAUCUGCCUGUGUAAUUUAAAUCUUCAGUACUGUAUGUAUUUCUACUCUUGGAGGCAGCAGGCGUGUUACAUGGAGCUGCAUGGUAUCACUGGUGCAUUUGUUUUAAUUAUUAACUCCAUUAAAGAACAUCAAAUGUUAUACAGUUUAUACUCAAAGUCUGGAAGUAGCAAAGACGCUGUGGCAUUCUUUCUUGAAAAAGUAUCUUAGCUUUUUACUCGUGAACAAAUUAGCUGACAAGUUGAGUAACAAGUUUUGCUUAACUUUCUUUAACUGUUGUCUGCACAGACAUUAUUUCAACACAUUUACCGGAAAAUGUCAUGAAUGUAGAACUAUCUAGGCUUUGCCCCACCGGCAGGAAGCCUCCAGGACAUCUUCAUUGGUUAAGUUUCAUGCUCUGAUGUGAAAUAAUAUAUCAAAUUCAUGAUGAAAAUGCACCUGCUUCAGUACUUACGCGAAAGAAAGUAUGUGUUAUCUACGCUUCAAUGCCCAUGCCAUUUUUUAUUUAUUUUUUUAUUGUCUUUUUUUUUAGGAGAAACAUUCAUCGGGCUUUAGUGUCGGCCUCUUUUCAUUUGUUACAGUGUGUUUAAAAGUCGCAAGAGGUUUUGAUUUGAUUCCAAGAACCAAACAAAGCAGCGUAACCCAGAUUAGCAGAUUGUUAAUUUAUUUGUUUUUUUUUUUAUUCUCCAUGCAAAGUAUGUAGAAGGAGCGCCAGGAUUCCUUUGAAGACUGAAAAGUGUGUCUUUGCUGGAAGCUCAGAUGCAUCCUGAGCUUAAAACACAUCUCUGCAGAAAGAUCAAUCUGAAUGUAAUCAGCUCUUCAAUAGAAAAAAAUGAUGUAGUUAUUACUGCUGACCCUCUGUAUUUUACUGCCUCUUUACGUAGCACUGCCUUCUCAGCUGCACAACAUUUCUGAGCAACUAAUUCCAAAGACUGGAACAGUAUUUGCACUCUUAAGUAUGAACUAUAAAGUACAUUUUUAGUGAUAACUGUUUCACAGAGAUUAUUUUAUCGUGUGUUAAUAAGCCUACUUGUAUGCACUGCGAAUUAAAAACUUGAAUGUAAACAUUAACAACAGCCACUGCAAGAGGAACAUGUAUUAAUGUGAAUAAAUGUGCUCUUGAUCCCAUUUGUGUGCCAGUG